GGGAGGAGGGAAGCGGCGAGUAAGAUGGAAGAUGAGGAGGUCGCUGAGAGCUGGGAGGAGGCGGCAGACAGCGGGGAAAUAGACAGACGGUUGGAAAAAAAACUGAAGAUCACACAAAAGGAGAGCAGGAAAUCCAAAUCUCCUCCCAAAGUGCCCAUUGUGAUUCAGGACGAUAGCCUUCCCACGGGGCCCCCCCCACAGAUACGCAUCCUCAAGAGGCCCACCAGCAACGGUGUGGUCAGCAGCCCCAACUCCACCAGCAGGCCAGCCCUUCCCGUCAAGUCCCUAGCGCAGCGGGAGGCAGAGUACGCCGAGGCCCGGAAGCGGAUCCUGGGCAGCGCCAGCCCCGAGGAGGAGCAAGAGAAACCCAUCCUCGACAGGCCACCCCGGAUCUCCCAACCCGAAGACAGCAGGCAGCCGAAUAACGUGAUCAGACAGCCUUUGGGUCCCGAUGGGUCACAAGGCUUCAAACAGCGCAGAUAAAUGCGGGCGAGGAAAGAUGCGGUUGCUGCCGCCGUCACCGCCUCCUGGGUCGUCUGCCACGGGUCACACUGCCGUGGCAGACAGCUGGACUUGAGCAGAGGGAACGACCUGAUUUACUUGCACUGUGAUCCCCUUUGCUCUGCCCACUGUGACCUUGAACCCCAUGCACUGUGACCUCCCCCCUUCUGCCCCCUUCCCACUGUGAUUGGCACAUCUACAAGGGCUGUCCCAAGUCAAUGGAAAGGGAAAGGGUGGGGGUUAGGGAAGGGUUGGGGGGACCCACCGAGGACUCAGAGUAGAGAGUCAGGCAGUGCCACUUGGCCACUUGGGGUCAAGCCAGUGCCAGCAAUAAGUUUAUCAUGCUCAUUAAUUUGGGAUUUCAAAGCUCAAAUGAGAACUCCUGUCCGCCCACCCCGAGUGCACGGCCUCAUCACCUAAAAGCGAGUUCUAGCUGAAAAUACCCUUCCUUUUUUUUCCUUUCUAUUUUUGUUUGUUUAUACAAAUAUCUGAUUUGCAAGAAAAAGUGCAUGGGAGGAGUUUUAGCAGUUUAAUGAAUUUUUAAUUGAGAAAGGGUAGUUUGAUAGUCUACUUAAAAAUGUUUCUGGGAAAUUCACUAGGAACAUGAACCAAUAGGAUUUUGGUGAGCUUAGCUUCUGUAUUCCUACUGCCGCCCAGAAAAGGGGCAGGGCCCUCUGCCCCCUGGAGAGAUGAGCACCCCAUGCCUGUACCUCCCUACCCCCAGCUAAGGCCCAGGGCAUGUUGGCCCUACCUGAGACUGGGCUAGUUCUACAGGCUCAGAGAGCUCGGGGAGGGUGCCAGCCCCACCUCUAGUAUUUUGGGAGAUGGGGAAAGUGAACAGACGUCCCUUUCUCAUACCCCUCAGGGUGGUUCCCUACCAGCCAGCCUUGCUACUUCUAGGAGAGAGCAGGGAGUGAGACCGCCCCCCUGAGCUUAGAAGUAAGGGAGGUGAGACUCGCUCAGUAUUUUGCAUCAGCACAAGGAAAGCCAGGACAGAGUCUGGCUCCAGGACUCAGCCUCCUGCUGGGGUGGUCAGACGGUGUCUGAGGAGCGCCAUCUCCGGAUGGCAUCAGCUCGUAACUACAGCUGGCACAUUUCCUUUCUGAGAUCAGUACCCGGGGAGGAGGCCAUUCUGAACACAUGUGGGAAGACUGCCUGUGCAUUGCGAAGCCUGGAAAUGACAGGCUGCUUCCGCACAGACCUAGCUACCCUUCACCCUUUAUCCAGAGCGAGGGCCUGGAAUGAAGGCAGUCUCGCCUCUGUCCCUGGAGCCUAGAGGUUUGCUCUGGCUCCUGGAGGUGGAAGAGGCUAAGAGGGCCGCUGCCCAGGACAGCCCUGUGUGUGUUCCGUCUGGCUCCUCUCGGGCUUUCUGGUCUUCUUCCGUUGCACUGCGCCUUAUCCCUCAGCCAGCCACCCAGCCUCCCCACUCAGUGGAAGAGUUUCGGAGUGGUUGGUGUGACAUUUUGUGAUUAGGGCAGCUUGUGGUGGCUCAGGUGGCAGGCUAUGUUUUGCAGGCUCACUUCCCCUUUGGUUCGCCUGGCUCUCAGCCUUGCCCUGUGGGAAUGUGGGCCAGGCACAGCAAGCCAUGUCACACUCCAUCGUCCCCUUAGAAGGAAGGGCCAGCUGCUAGUUGAAUCAGCAACUAGUCCGCAGCACAGCCUUCUAACUGUGAAGCCCAGAAAUGGUCCAUGAGCAGAGCUGGAAUGGAGCUUCAGUCAGUAAGAACCCGAGCGUGUUGAGUUGUGCCCACAGACUGUUCUGAUGGGGAAUUACCUCCCAGAGUGGGCAACAGAGAAGGUUGGCUGCUGUCUUUAUAGCUCCACUGCCCUGACCAGGUUUCCUCAUUCUAACUGUAUAGCGUCCGUCCCUCGUGUAAGAGUGGUUUCUGGCCCAAGGUGAGACUAUCCUUUCAGUUGGAGAAGGGCAGGGGCAGGCCAGGUGGGAAGGCCGGAAGUGCUGAUUGCUCAGCCGUUGGGACCACCUGUUCUUGCCGCCUUCCCCUACCGGGAGCCAGAGGGAAGGUGGCUGAUGGGUGUGUGGAUGGAAGAUGUAGAAGGGACUGGCGCUCCCACCUCCCUCCGGCCAAAGAUGGGUUUCUGCCCGCCGUGUGCCUGUCACCACCCACCAGCAGUCAUACCUUUGGCUCCCAGAUGGAGAGGUGGCAGGCAAAAAUUUUUUAAAAAAGAAAUGAAAACAGGAAACUAUUGUAUUAGGGGGAGGUGGGAGGGGAGAUGGGAGAACGGUUUGGAGUGUGUGUGCGCGUGUGUGCGUGGUAGUUGUCUGUAACUUUCCUGAAGUGCUUUUUUUUCCUUUUUUUUUUUUUUUUAAAGGAAGCUACAGGUUUUGGCUCAGAAAAUCCCCGGGGGUAGGGGGGGCAGAAACCUGAGGCUGCUGCCCCCCCCUUGUCCGCCUUCCCCCGGCUCUUCCCUGACCCCAUGAGCCAAGCCUCAGACCUUCCAGCUAACCGCUUCCCAUGAGCCACUACUCUGAUGUCAGCCUAUAACCAAAGGAGCUGGGGGUCUGGGCCUGGUGACCAACCCUUCUAGCCCACUCAAUCAGGGUGCUCCCCACCUGCAGGCAGGAGGCAACACCCUAUCUGCUCCCAUCAGCCCCUUCCAGAGCCCACUGCCCCGCCCUGCCCCGUCCAGCCCUGCCAUCCCCGGCUCUGCCCCAUCUGGGGACGCUCUGCUCAGGGAUGGGCCGGCAGGGUUGCCCCAGCCUCCCUGGGAAGCAGAAACUCCGGAAGCCUCUGGGGUCCUGUUUUCUGGCCAUGUGAUCCCAAGGGUGCACAUGGGCUCCUUAGGUGUCUGAACAGAAGGGCAGGGGAGGGAGGGCCUGCCCCUGCAGUCCUGCUCUGCUGGUCUAGCGGCAGCUGCCCACCCCACCCCGCACCGCGGGCUCCUGAGUCGGCAGAUUAAGCAUUUUAUAAAUUGUAUUUUAAAUACAUGUUUUAAACUUGUCA